GUGCAUCAGAUGUAUGCGGAGAGUAACGUGACUACUUCCUGUAUCUUUCAUGCACACUGACCAAUCCAAGUGUGGGUGAUGAUAUUAAAGUAGCUCUCCAGUUGCUUUAGUGAUAGUGUAUGGGUUGACAUUUAUUAGACACUAGUGCUUCACUGAAACAGACUAAUGUCCUCAAAAGCUGACACUGUAAGAAACUUUCAAAGUGGAUUCCAUAGAACAUUACAAAAUAAUUAUAUUGUGUUGUACUGUGACUACGGUAUCUUGAGUGCAUGUGUUCGAUGUUGCUCUAAUACUCUCUUUGUCCACAUUUUCCAGUGUUUACCAAGUUGCUGGGUAAGAGAGUGUUCAAGAGAUACCUCGAGCUGUUCCUGGACUCCCCAUAUUUUAUGGACUGGUGGGUUAUUAUGACUCUAGAAGCCAUUGUUUACAAUAUCAUACAAGUUUGCUCCAAAACACUUUCUGUUUGUGUACUAUGCUGCAAUUUCAACAUUGAUAAUGUACUCCAGUUAUUAUUUUACAUGUACACACAUGCAUGCACACACAAAUGUCUGGUGCAAUAUGCUGGAGUCUCACCUCACUAUGUCAGCUGCUGGGGAGAAUAAUCCUCAGAGGGAGAAUAAAACAACACAAUCCAAUAGCUGUGACAAUGCCCUGGUGCAGUCUGCUGGAGUGGACUGUCUCACCUCACUCUGUCAGCUGCUAGAGAGAAUGAUCCUCAGAGGGAGAAUAAAACAACACAAUCCAAUGUACUAUGUGACUGAGAGUGAGGCUCUACUCUCAGGAGACCUGGAGGAUGAACAGAGCACUUUGUGCUCCUGUGGUAUUGAUCCUGGACCGUCUGUGUUUGGUGUGGUACAUCGUAUCCAUGACGACCCGACUCAUACAGACCAGCAGAUGUACUCGUGUGGUUCACUGGCUCCCAAAAUGAGGAGGGGAGGAUGUAUGGACUCACACUAUCACAAGCUGGGAGAGCCGUGGGAGAAGAUUCCUUCUCCUGCUGGAGAGCUGAGUAGUGUAAGUGGGUGUGGUGACCUAAUGUCUUCCCUCCUCCCCCUCUGUGCUCAGACACUACAACACAGACACUACCCUAAACACAUCAACCUCCUGGAGACACUGCUCAAACUGGAAUCUGGACAAGUCUGACAGAACAGUGACAUGCAGUUGUAUAAUUAAUGUAGCUUAAUUGUUGUUUUUUCUUACUACUCUUUGCUAAAUAUGUGAACAGAUGCAGUGCUACGUACAUGUAUUGUUUACAUUGUUCUCAAUGAACGUAUCUGAUGCUGAAUAUAUAAUAAA